UCUGCCCAGUCCUGCUCCAGCUUCAGGAGGAGUUGGAGCAGGCCUGGUCCCAACCUUGUGCCUUCAUCAAGUGAGCUGGUCUCCACUCCUGUCCAUGCCUGCUGCCAUGGGAAUGACCCUGUUUUUCCUCCUCUUUGGGGGCAUCUGGACUCAAGAGAUGACUCCGGGGUCUCUGCACAUCACAACUGCUUUGGAGAUGUCUGUACCGGGAGGGUCCUCUGCUUCCUUGGUCUCAACUUUCUCUGAGUCCCCAAACCUCAACUUAGUGACCCCCAAUCCUAUGACAACAAGGGUCCCAGAGAAGGGUAACAGCACCAGGCACCAGAUCUCCCCACCUUCCUCAGACCUCUAUACAGCCAAUGAGAUGUCCUUUCCUGAGGCUUCCACAGCUGCCACCAAUGACCUCCAUGUACCUGAGUCAACAGUCUUCUGGGAAGUUUCCACCAAGGAGUCAUCAAACCUGGAAAUUAAUGCAAACAGUAUCCCUGCUGAACCACCAAGAAAAUCUCUGGCACUCCACGUUAUGACUGAUGGAACCAUGGCAACUGGCUCUCUGGAGACCUCUGACGUAGCCGGUGGACCCCCCGUCACCAUGGCAACUGGCUCUCUGGAGACCUCUGAUGUAGCCGGUGGACCCCCCGUCACCAUGGCAACUGGCUCUCUGGAGACCUCCGAUGUAGACGGUGGACCCCCCGUCACCAUGGCAACUGGCUCUCUGGAGACCUCCGAUGUAGCCGGUGGACCCCCCGUCACCAUGGCAACUGGCUCUCUGGAGACCUCCGAUGUAGCCGGUGGACCCCCCGUCACCAUGGCAACUGGCUCUCUGGAGACCUCCGAUGUAACCGGUGGACCCCCCGUCACCAUGGCAACUGGCUCUCUGGAGACCUCCGAUGUAGCCGGUGGACCCCCCGUCACCAUGGCAACUGGCUCUCUGGAGACCUCCGAUGUAGACGGUGGACCCCCCGUCACCAUGGCAACUGGCUCUCUGGAGACCUCCGAUGUAGACGGUGGAGCCCCCGUCACCAUGGCAACUGGCUCUCUGGAGACCUCCGAUGUAGACGGUGGAGCCCCCGUCACCAUGGCAACUGGCUCUCUGGAGACCUCCGAUGUAACCGGUGGACCCCCCGUCACCAUGGCAACUGGCUCUCUGCCAAUCCCCAAGGGGACCAGUGACUCCCCCAUCUCCAUGGUAAAAAUACCCACCGUGACUACCUCAGCGUCCUCCAAAAACAGAAGCAGUACCCAACUUUCAGAUCAGGGGACAAAGGGCACCCUGCUGGUGGCUGUGUUUGUGGCCCUGCUGGUGGUCAUUGUCCUCGUGGUCCUACUCCUGCUGUGGCGGCAGAGGCAAAAGAGGAGGACAGGGGCCCUGACACUAAGCAGGGGGGGCAAGCGCAACGGGGUGGUCGAUGCAGGGGCUGGGCCGGCCCAGGUGCCUGAUGAGGAGGCCCUGACAGCAAUCGCAGUGGGCUCUGGGGCCGAGAAAGGCUCUGGGGGGCCUGAGGGGGAAGGGGCUGGCCGACAGCCCACACUCACCACCUUCUUGGAUAGAGGCAAGUCCCAGCAGUGCUCCUUGGGGCUGGAGGAGCUGAAGGCCGGGUCAGCUCCCCUCCUAAAGGGGGAGGUGGAGCCGCUGGUGGGCAGCAAGGAUGAGGCUUCGGAGCAGCCAGAAGCUGGGGAGGUGGAGGCCCCUCAGUGCUUGUGAAGAACGAGAGUGGAGGUCAGAAUCAUUCCCAGCUUCCAUCACUUUCCGUCCGAUCGUCAGCUCCAGGCUCCUUG